AUAAGCUCAACGGCGAGAGACAUUAUCCGGGAAUUUCUGGUUUUCUUCCCUCCCAAAUCUCUCUCAUCGACAAUACUCUCAAAUGCCGCACCUUCUAGCUCAACCUUCCACAAUCUCUCUACCAAAUCCAGCAUCACAUUCGACGCCGUCGUCUUGCCCGGUCGCCUACGUCGGUCUCCGCCGUCCCCCGCCGCGCCGGCUGGUUUCCACCGCCAGCUGUAGCGGUGGAGGUAGAUGCGGAAAGAUCACAAUUGUGUGCAUGGCGAACCCUAGGAGAGUGAAAAUGGUGGCGAAGCAGAUUAGGAGAGAGAUCUCUGAUAUGUUGCUUACCGAUAAGGUUUUGCAAUACGCGGUGUUGCCGGAAGCUGCUUUGGGGGCGGAUAGAUAUCUUUCGUCGCUGACGACGAUCAGUGAUGUCGAAGUUUCUGCUGAUUUGCAGGUUGUUAAAGUAUAUGUAUCCGUUUUUGGAGAUGAAAGGGGAAAAGAAGUUGCUCUAGCAGGAUUGAAGGCAAAAGCAAAAUAUGUCCGCAGUGAGUUGGGCAAGCGUAUGAAGUUGCGGCUUACCCCUGAGGUCCGGUUCCUAGAAGAUGAGUCUCUAGAACGUGGAAGCAGGGUUAUUGCUAUAUUAGAUAAACUGAAGGAUGAGAAUGAGAAAAAGGGAACUAUUGAUGAAGAUGAUGAUCGCGAAGAGUUUGCAGGUAGGAAGGAUAAUGAUGUGGAGUGGGAGGGCGAUGACAUUGAUGACGAGGGCAUUAUUUAUGUGAAGUAGUUUAUCCGACACAUGAAAAAAACAAUGGAGUCUACAAUAUAGGCAGAGAAUUCCUUCGUAGCUGGUUAGUUCACUCCACUAUAUUGAACUAACCAUUAUUGAGUUCGAAUUUGCAGUAUGAAAAUCAUGUUGAGAUAGCUUGCUUAUAAUGAGUCAUAAGUUUGUUUUGUUUGUUUGCUUUUCAGGGCUCAUUUGGUUGUCUAGAAUCUGGCUUGGAAAUGUAAUUUAUUUCCUCAUUUAAGAUCUUCGUGUUUGGUUCAAUUUUGUUGUAAUAGAUGCGUAAAAAGAACCUUAAAGUAGAAAAUACAAAGUAUAAUUUCUUUA